UCUGUUGUAACUCAGUUACAGGUAAUGGACCAUAUGACCAAUAGACUAUUAGAAUGAGUUAUUGCAGACUACUUUAAUAGCAUCGGCAAUGUGCGGACUAUGGAUUCGUAGUGAUAAACAAUAGGCGUGUUUUUUGGUUGGUGAAUGGAUAGAAUCGGCAGUGUAAUCGCAAAACAGGGAGCGCUUCAAGUACCCGCAACAUGGGCAGCCCCGUUGCAGUCAGAUCAUAUCGAUUUGUAUCUCUGCGAUGCGUGCAAUCUAUUAGCAAACAGAAAUCCGGAACUUCUGAUCAGAUAGAGACAACAACCCAUGGGAAGUACAAAACGAUUGACGAUCUUCCCGGACCUUCUUUGGCAACCACUGUUUACAGGUUAUUUGUGAAGGGCUAUGCAGACAAAAGCCAUGCCAUGCAGAUUGAAAACAAACGUUUGUAUGGACCAAUCUGGCGCUCGCAGUUUGGACCCUUCGACAUAGUGAACGUCGCGUCUCCGGAGUUGAUAGCACAGGUGAUCCAACAGGAGGGCCUUUAUCCAGUCCGGAUCGAACUCCCCCACUGGAAGGAAUACCGGGAUCUGCGAGGUCAGGCCUAUGGUCUCCAUGUAGAUAAGGGCUCUGAGUGGUACCGUAUACGUAGCGCCCUAAACCCAAAGAUGCUAAAGCUGCAAGAAGUGUCUACGUACGCUCCCAUCAUUCACCAGGUUGUCGGUGACCUUCUGCAGCGCGUUGAGAGCCUGCGGCUGCGCAGCCAGGACCAGGCCUUAGUCCCAGACCUCACAGCUGAGCUCUACAAGUUUGGCUUCGAAGGCAUCUCAUCCAUCCUGUUUGAGACCCGUCUGGGCUGCCUGAAAGAGGAGAUCCCAGAGGACACGCUUCGUUUCAUAGCCGCAGCCAACACCAUGUUGACCCUGUCAGAGACAGUCCUGUUCUUCCCCCGCUGGAGUCGCAGAGUGCUCCCCUUCUGGAAGCGUUUCGUCCAGGCCUGGGAUGACCUCUAUGAUGUUGCUCGCCGCCUGAUUGACAGGAAGGUGGAACAGAUCAGUGCCCAGGUGGCAGCUGGGAAGCCAGUGGAGGGGAUGUACCUGACACACUUGUUGUCAUGUGACAAGCUCACCCUGCCCGAAGUCUAUAUCAGCAUUACAGAGCUGCUGCUGGGGGGAGUCGACACGACAUCUAACACAUUGUCUUGGACUCUGUACCAUUUGGCUGGGGACAGUUCCGCCCAGGACAGGCUGUACAGAGAGGUCACCUCUGUGUGUCCAGGCAGACAGCUGCCCACCUCCGAUGACCUGACCAGGAUGCCCUAUCUGAAGGCCGUCAUCAAAGAGACCCUUCGGUUAUACCCCGUCGUAUCUGGAAAUGGUCGUCUGGCAGUUGAAAAUGAUGUUGUGGUGGACAACUUUUGGUUUCCCAAAAAGACUCAGUUUCAUCUCUGCCACUAUGCAACAAGCCACGAUGAGAAGCAGUUUGUGGAUGCAGAGCGCUUUGCCCCAGAGCGCUGGCUGAGGGGGGGGCCUGUGGGGUUCCAACACCACCCAUACAGCUCCAUCCCUUUUGGGGUUGGUGUGCGUGCCUGCGUGGGCAAGAGAGUGGCAGAGCUGGAGAUGUACUUUGCCCUGUCCAGGUUACUGCAGCAUUAUGAGAUCCUGCCUGAGAAAGGGGCUCAACCCGUGGAGCCGAAAACAAGAACGCUAAUGAUUCCCUCUAAACCCAUCAACCUGUGCUUCCUGCCCAGGGCCUGAGGGAAGUGCCAGAGAGUCAAAAACACAUUUGUCUGAUCAUUAAACCUUGCCAGACACAACAUGAUCAUGGUCAAUGGUCAAAGUCAAUAUUAUAAUGGACUUUUUUGAAUUUUUUUUGUAAAUAAUAAUAAUUUCCUUAAACAGCCUGUUUUCAGUAUGCAUGUGUUAGUUACAAAUAUAUAAUAUUAAAUCGUAUUCACAAAGAUUAAUUUGUUACCUUCCAUACAUAAGGGGUUAGUAUUACUCCAUUGUUCACAUGCAGUUCUUCCUAAUGGAAAUAAAAAUGCCUGCCUGAUCUAAUAAACAAAAUAAAGUGGGUACCCUUGGCGGAGUUCUCAUUAAAA